AUGGCAGAACGUGACCCUUCUCGCGUCCACUCCUCCCAGACACCAAUGGGAGACGCAGUGCCUACCGACCAGUUCCCCGUCCGCCGUCCGUCUAUCGGUGACGAGGUGACCCGGUCGCGAUCUAUGAGCACUGGUAGCGAGGACUCAAAUAAUACCAGUGGCAGUGUCAGCUCUCCAGGCCCUACACAGCCUGGACGACAUUGGCUUCACUGGCCUCGCUACUCGCACUCUAAACAAAGUGCGCAGCGGUCCAGAUUCGAAAACAAUGAUGUCAUUUUCUUGGGCUAA